CUGGGCAGCAAGAUGAGGGUGGUUUGGAGCCCUGCAUAAAAGGAGGACGGGGUCACAGCUGAUUGCUGUGUCCCUACAGACCUGGCUCUUCUGGUGCCCACCAUGGCCAAAAGCGGAGAAGCUCUGCCACAGGGCAACCCAGCACCAGUCCAGGACCCUCGCCUCAUCAAGGUGACCGUGAAGACACCCAAGGAUAAAGAGGACUUCUCAGUCACAGACACAUGCACCAUCCAGCAGCUGAAGGAAGAGAUCUCUCAGCGCUUUAAAGCCCACCCCGAUCAACUGGUUCUAAUCUUUGCCGGCAAGAUCCUCAAGGACCCUGACUCACUGGUACAAUGUGGCGUGCGGGAUGGGCUCACUGUGCACCUGGUGAUCAAGAUGCAGCGGCGUACCAGGGGCACCGAGUGCCCAGCCGCUUCUCUCCCUUCCCCAGCCGGAAGCCCCGGAUCGCUCCCCCAGCCGGCCUCCAUUUUCCCAUCAGAUGGGUCUCCGGCAUUCAGCUUAGGUGUCCUCACCGGCCUCAAUGGACUGGGCCUGACUUCCGGGAGCUUUCCUGACCAGCCAAAUUCACUGAUGUGGCAGCAUGUAUCCAUGCCUGACUUUGUAGCUCAGAUCAUCGACGACCCCUUUAUCCAAGGUCUGCUGUCCAAUACAGGCCUGGUAAGACAGCUGGUUCUCGACAACCCUCACAUGCAACAGUUGAUCCAACACAACCCUGAGAUUGGGCAUAUUCUCAACAACCCCGAAAUCAUGCGGCAGACGCUAGAGUUCCUGCGCAACCCCGCUAUGAUGCAGGAGAUGAUGCGCAGCCAGGACCGGGCGCUCAGCAACCUCGAGAGCAUCCCUGGGGGCUAUAAUGUACUUCGUACCAUGUACACCGAUAUUAUGGAUCCGAUGCUCAAUGCAGUCCAGGAGCAGUUCGGGGGAAAUCCCUUUGUUACUACCUCCUCUUCUGACACUACCAUCAGCAGCCAACCAUCAAGGACUGAGAAUUGUGACCCUCUCCCCAAUCCCUGGGCUCCCACGCAUGCAGGCUCAGAAAGCAGAACAGGAAGACAACCUGGAGAACAGGAUGCGUCUGAAGUUAGAAACGGGGUCUUACAUUUUCUGAGUAACACAGGGAUUUAUGACUACCUCCAGCAAUUACCCGAGACCCUACAGCCCCUUGGAACAUAUUUGCAAGGUCCAACAGCCUCCCUGAGCCCACGUCAGGAACCAUGCCCACAAGGAAACCGAGUCCCUCCAACUUCAUCUUCAUCCCAGGAAUCAGGGUCAGGCCAGUCUCUCUCCAAAGAGACAGUAGCCAUCAAAGAAAAUACUUGCCCAACUUUCCUGAGAUACCCCACAGAGAGCAGCACUGGGCAAAAUGGAGACCAAGACAGAGCAGGGAAGGACUCCACUGGGCACCAUACCAAUAUUCCUGAUCUUGUCUCAGGGUUGGGGGACUCUGCUAAAAGGGUCCCCUUAGUACCUUCACAUCUUUCCUCUGUGGCAGCUCCCUCUGGAGUCCCUGAGCCAGCCUGGCUGCCGUCACCAACUUCUCCAAGAUCUUUGAGGCUAACUGAUCUGAACCAGGGCCCUCAGGUACAGAAUGAGAUGCAUCAGCAGCCACCACUGAUGCUGCACCUUCAGGCCGCCAUGGCUAACCCUCGUGUCAUGAGCGCCCUCCUGCAGAUUGAGCAAGGUCUGCAGAUCCUGGCAACUGAAGCCCCCUGUCUCCUGCUCUGCUUCAUGCCUUGCCUAGCAGGGCUGAGGGCUGUGGCAGGAUGUAGAGAGCCUAGAGAGCAUACCAUUGUGCCUGAAGAGAGACUUUCAGCCCCAGUCCCUGACAUUCCCCAAGGACAGGGCUCUACUGAGCUGGGCUGCCACUCAACUCCCUCCUUCCUCCAGAUGCUACAAGGCUUAGCUGAUACCAAUCCCCAGUCGAUACAGCUUGAGACUCACUUCCAGGGGCAGCUGGAGCAACUGCGGGCCAUGGGCUUCCUCAAUUCUGAAGCCAAUCUCCAGGCCCUCAUCGCCACGGGGGGGAACUUGGAGGCUGCUGUGGAGAGGCUGAGGAAGUCGUAGGAACCCUUGUUGUUCAGACUACGUCAUUUCCUCUGUGCCUCCUCAGCCUAUAUAUCCCACUCCCUCAGCUCCCCCAUUCUUGAAUGCAGCUGCUCUAUGAACCAAAUUUACUAUGAUGCCCUUUACUGCAGAGACAAUGUAGUUCCAGAGUCAAUGUGGAAGAAUGAGAGCCAGAACCAGGGGGAGCGUGCUAUGUGUGACUCAGCCACUUCUGCCACCAC